AUGGCUGACUCUUGCUCCUCUUGUCCCAAGACUGUUCUUACGCGCCGUUCUCCGCCAUUAUCUGUCCCAACGUCUCUGACGAGUGUGCACCGGAACGACACUAUCUGCGUCUCUCACAUGGACACAAAUACAGAGCCUCCUCCCGUUACUGUCCAGGCCAGCGAAAAGGCAGACGUUCCGGCGAUUCAGGGUCUCGCUAUCGCCCAGGCCGGGGAUGAGGCGGGCCUCGGGAAGCUUUCCGCCGCUGUCAUCGAAGACAACUCUACCCACGCUCCGCCGUUCAUACAUGAACGUGCUAAAGAUUCUUUUGAACCAUCACCUUCCUCGAAUGCCCAUUCUACCAAGGAUUCCACUUGUAAAGAUAUUGUGGAGCAUACGCCCAAGCCCGAGACAUCCACAGAUGCUCAACCAAAGAUAACUACGCCAUUCCAGAAACGAAAGACGAGCGACGACAUGGCAGUCGAUCCAUCCACUCCUAAGAAGCUCAAAAGGUCGAUUGGCGACAGUCCACCCGUUCCUGGAUCAAGCAAGAACAACGAAGAUAGGUCUGCCCCACAGCAUGAGUGCCCCGUCCAGUCUCAUGACAAUACAUCGCUUGACAGGGAAAUCGAAAUUGUUGACGAUUCCUUCAACAAGCCUGGGACUUCUGUUACGAAGACCAAGAUCUAUAAGCAGGCGAGCAUAGUCAUUAACCUCUCCGAUCCGUAUGGUUGGAUCCUCACCAACUUCUCCUCCCACCAGACUUCAACUGACUCGGGCUCCGAUGUCCAAGUAAUCUCUGAUUCUGGGCUUCCUAUUCCGCGUAAACGUACUAGGAAGGUGAAGUCAAGGUCCACUACGCGUUUUACGUCGGCCCAGAUAGCAAGGUUCAAGAAGCAGGGUUCCAAGGACGACCCGAUAUCUAUCGACAUGCUCGAGAGUGGAUCUGAGGCCGAAGUCGUUGCGACUAUUGCUUAG